CGAGAACGUGUCUUUUCACGCCAUAAAAUAUGUGGAGCGUGAGCUGCCCACGAAAGAUGCAGAAGACUCUUAUAUUAUCAUUACACACGAUUUGUAGUUUGAGGCGGCAAUGGCAAUGCCAAUGGCAAUGACAUUAUACACAGCAAAACCAUUCUUCCUUGUUCACAACUCCAACAACCCCGCCCUAUUCUCCCUGCCAAAAACCGUACCAACCUACUCAUUUCAUUGCCAUGCAAUCUCAAAUACUCUGACCGCUUUUUCCACCUCAAACCACCUCUUCCGAAGCCCAGUUAUCAGUAUUUCUAAGAGGACUUCCUUGCCCUUGACAAAACCCUUUGCCCUGACCGAUGGUGAUGAGAGCAUACCACCAAUCAAUCAAACAGGUGAUAUCACUCCUCCCACUCUGAGUGAGGAUGAGUGGGGGAAUGAACUCGAAACAAACACAACCACCCCACAAAAUGGUAGUGUAGAACAAAAGGAUACUGCUUCUGGGGCACUAUAUGUUGAUGAAUGGGGGGACAAAGCAGACCCAGAUGAGCUCGCUGCACAAACAAAGCUGCCUGAUGCAGACCCAUCUACAAUGUCUGAUGAUGAUGAAUGGGGCGGUUCAGGAACUGACCAGAUCCCAGGCACUGUACCUUCAAUUUCUACAGAUACUAAGCUAACAGAGCUUAAACAAUGCUUGGUGGACUCUUUCUAUGGGACGGAGUAUGGCCUGACAGUUAGCAGUCAGACUAGGGCAGAAAUUGGGGAGUUGAUUUCCGAGCUUGAAGCCCUGAACCCGACUCCUGCUCCAACUGAAGCACCCUCACUGCUGCAGGGAAAUUGGGUUUUAGUUUAUACAUCAUUUUCAGAGCUUUUGCCUUUAAUAGCAGCAGGCAGGCUGCCUUUCGUGAAGAUAGGGAAAAUAUGCCAAUCAAUUAAUACAGACAAAUUCACCAUAGAGAAUUCUGUUUCUUAUAUUGGGCCAUUUGCCACUUCCUCAGUACGUGCUUUGGCAUCCUUUGAAGUCCGUAGUUCCAAGCGAAUACAGGUGAAGUUUGAGGAAGGAAUAAUCCCUCCACCUAAAAUUACAAGCAAACUGGAUAUUCCUGAGAACAUCGAGUUCUUUGGACAGAAGAUAAAUUUGAGUUCUCUUCAAGGAUCUCUUUAUCCUUUUCAAGAAGCUGUAACAAGGAUAUCCCAGGUGAUAUCAGGACAGUCCCCACUGAAAAUUCCUAUCAGGAGAGAUGGAGCUCAAUCUUGGUUACUGACUACAUAUCUAGAUGAGGAUUUGCGGAUAUCAAGAGGAGAUGGUGGUGGACUUUUUGUUCUUGUCAAGGAAGGGAGUUCUCUUCUGAACCUAUAAAUUCUUAACUAUUACAAUAUGAAUACAUUGUAUGUGCUCUUGUUCAUUCUUUCAUAUUUACUUUUAAUUUGAGAGGUCAGGGUGACCGUGGAGCUUUAGGGCACCUUGGCCGAUGAGAGCAUAUGAAUUGGAGGCUAGUCUUUGCAGAUUCUUCAGCCAAUGUACCAGUGGACAUUUUCUAAUUUGUAGCUGCAAGUUUUAGAGGUAAUGUGAGGACUUUAGCUUCUACAAGGCUAUUAUGAAUCAAGGUGUCUGAUGUCUCAAGUACUCUUUUCUUAUUUUACAAAAUAAAUUAGAUAUUUUGUUGUUUAUAAUAGUCCUUAUGUAGAUUGAACUUCAUGGCUUGCCCCUACCCUUAUAGAUGUUGGGCCAACUUAUCAAGUGUAACAUGCAUUUUAUCUACUUCAAGAAAGACUAGUUUUACUUUGCUUUA